AUGGUAUUCACACACUGUCCACAUUCCUCUCAACCCAUCUAUACCCUCUGCAGUCAUUGUUUCCCAAGCUUACUGCUAACACCCCAUCUUCCACUACAGGUAGAAACCGGUCUUCCAGCAGGGUGGGAGGUUCGCCACUCCAACUCCAAGAACCUCCCUUACUACUUCAACCCGAGCACCAAGGAGUCCCGAUGGGAACCCCCCGCCGACACGAACACCGAGAAGCUCAAGCUAUACAUGGCCGACUAUCACAGCGGGCCUGCAGGAAACGGGAUCGGCCAGGGUGAGGGAAAGAUCCGUUGCAGCCACCUUCUGGUGAAGCACCGGGAUAGCCGACGGCCCAGCAGCUGGCGGGAGGCCGAGAUCACUCGGUCAAAAGAGGAGGCUAUUGAGAUCCUCCGCGGCCAUGAGCAGCGCAUCCAAUCGGGCGAAGCUACCUUGGGCGACAUCGCCAUGUCCGAGUCGGACUGCAGCAGCGCCCGCAAGCGGGGUGAUCUGGGAUUCUUUGGACGCGGGGAGAUGCAGAAGGAGUUCGAGGACGCAGCCUUCGCGCUGCAGCCGGGACAGGUCAGCGGUAUUGUUGAGACCGCGUCUGGCGUUCAUCUGAUCGAACGUGUCCAGUAA